CAAUUCCCCCUCAGAAAAUCAAGCAGAAAAAAAAGAUUAAAGAAAAAAAGAGAGAGAGAAAACCCAUAUAAGUUUAUUCCUUUCUUCUUCGUACCUCAGAGCUUUGAAACCCUAAUUUUUUUUUGAUUUUGAUUUUGCCCACCGUAAAUUAAUUGAUAGCAUCCCGUUGUUUGACCCAGCGCACAAGUGUGGUUUCUGGAUGAAAUUAAAGGAGGAGGCGGCGGCGUAAGGAGGAGACCCAGAAGAAGCAGGUUGAUUUAGGAGGAUAAAAUUAGUUAUUUGAUGCCGCCGGAGCAGGUGCCUUGGGAUCGGAGAGAUUUUCGGAAGCACGAGAGAUCCGGGUCUGACCCGCGCUUUGGUGGUGGAGGAUUCGGCGGCGGAGGAGGAGGAGGACCCAAUAGAUGGCGGGAGCAGCACCAUCAUCCACACGCGCCGCCGCCGCACCCGCCGCCUUAUCAGACCCACCACAACCAUCAGCAGCAGCGCUGGUAUUCGGAUUUUCGCUCGUCUCGCCCUAUUCCUCCUGGUCAACAUAAGCAGGGUGGUUGGCACAUGUAUCCUGAUGAGUCUGGUCAUGGAUUUAUGCCUUUUGGGUCCAGAUAUGGUGACAGAAACCUAGAUGAUGAUAACUUUCGACCUUUUGCCUCUCGCGGCGAAGGAAAUGGAAGGUAUCUUAGAAACAGCAGGGAAAACAGGGCAUCCUUUAGCCAGAAAGACUGGAGAUCUCCCUCUUCAGAACCUGCUGCAUCGUCCAGUGGUCCUGGCAGACCUACCAUCGAGGUUAAUAAUCAGAAGUCUGUAGAGAAUAACCAAACAUCCCAUAACAAUGACAGCAAGAGCAAUGACUCCUCUCACCUUCUUCCGGAUUCCUUACCAGGUCAAUCUCAACCUCUCGUAAAAGAGAAGCAUGAGAAGGACGAUGACAUUGCUGAUGUACCGGCCAGCUCAGGUCAGAAAAACGAGAGAGAAAAUGGGCAGGAAUCGGUAGAUUGGAAGCCUCUGAAGUGGACGCGCUCAGGAAGUAUGCCUUCAAGAAGUCCUGGUGUCGCCCAUUCUAAUAGCUCCAAGGGUGUUGUAGUUGACUCUGUUGAGAUAGUGGCUGAGUUGCAGCAUAAGAAUGUGAAACCUAUUCAAUCUCCUGCUGCUUUUUGUGCUGUCUCCACUGCUCCAGCUCCAGCUCCAGCUCCAUUGGAUGAGAACAUUUCUAGGAAGAAACCUCGUCUUGGAUGGGGUGAGGGUCUAGCAAAGUAUGAGAAGAAGAAAGUUGAAGGCCCUGAAGAUAUUGAGACAGAGUAUGGACUGGUUGUUAGUGUUAGCAAUCCAGAAACUGUAAAGUCUCCCUCUGUUAACCUGCUUGACAAGAGCCCUAGAGUUGCAAGUUCGUCAGAUUGUGCCUCACCUGCUACUCCGUCUUCGGUCGCUUGUAGUUCAUCACCAGGUAUUGAGGAGAAAGAAUCCGUCACGGCUGCAAAGGUUGAUCAUGAUACCACAAGCUUGAGCUGUUCACCUAAUAUUAUGUCCCAGACUAACUAUGAGGGACCAACUUUUAAUUUAGAAAACUUGGAUCUCACAUCUAUUGACAAACUGAGCACCUUAAUUAAUGAAUUUCUGCAGUCCGACGAUCCGAGUUCUGUAGAAACAGGUUAUGUACAAACCAUCUCAAUGAACAAGUUGUUGGUAUGGAAAGUCGACAUUUUAAAAGCACUUGAGGUGACUGAAUCAGAGAUAGAUUCGCUUGAAACUGAGCUCAAGUCAUUGAUAGCUGAACCUAGAAGUUUCUGUGCUCAGCCUGUUACUUCCAGCUUGCUACCGGAAGACUGCCAUUUGAAACCUGGUGAAGAGCAAGUUACUGAUUCCAGUUUUACUGUUGGAUCUGCUCCAUUGCAGGUUGUUUUACCUGGAGACAUGACUGUUGAGAAUAUGCCUGCUGGACUGGACGACGAGCAUGUGGCGGUGAAAGAUGAGGAGAUUGAUAGUCCAGGCAGUGCCACGUCUAAAUUAGUUGAGGUGUUGCCUUCUGUGGAAGAAACUGUUCCUUCUGUCACUACAGAAUGUGGGGAGGAACUGAUGAAUUUGGAUAAUGAUCCCAGUAACUCAGGGACAUGUUUAGAAUACGGUCUCAGCGAUGAGGAUAACGCUUGUCGUAUUGUGAUUAAUUUUGAAAAUCUUGGCAAGGUUGGCUGUGUGCUCUGUGAUAUGGGUCAUAUUUAUAAAUCUGUAUUGGCUUCCAAUAAAGAUUCUAUGCAUGAGGCUUUCCAGGAGUUGAAUAAGUUAUUGCCGGCACAACAAUGUCUUUUUGAUAUUCCGACUGCAUCCGGUGUCUCUUCUUCUCAAAGUGAGUUGUCAGUAAUAAAGGAGAGGUUUCUGAUGAGGAAGCGGACCUUGCAAUUCAAGCAGAAGGUUAUUACCCUCAAGUUUAAGGUGUUUCAGCAUUUCUGGAAAGAAGGUCGCAUAGUUUCUAUUAGGAAACUUCGAGGGAAGUCUCACAAGAAGUUUGAUCAAAGUCGGACUGGAUAUAAAAAGAAUCGCUAUUCCAGUCGAUCCAAAUUCUUUUGUUCUGCUGGGAGUCCCAGAACAGUGUCUGCGGAAGAAGUAAUCGACUUUGUUAAUAGGUUGUUGUCGGAGUCACCAUUCAAGCUCUGUCGGAAUACUUUAAGGAUGCCGGCAUUGAUUUUGGAUAAGGAGAUAAAGAUGUCAAGGUUUAUCUCAAAUAAUGGUCUGGUGGAAGAUCCUUGUGCUGCUGAAAAAGGAAGAUCUUUCAGCAAUCCGUGGUCGGCUGAAGAGAGGGAAAUUUUCAUUGAUAAUCUUGCUAUUUAUGGGAAAGAUUUUAAGAAGAUUGCAUCUUUUCUGGCCCACAAAACAAUAGCAGACUGCAUCGAGUUUUAUUAUAAGAAUCACAAAUCGGAAUGCUUUGAGAGAGCUAGAAAGAAGCCAGAUUUUGCUAAGCAAAGUAAAUCUCAGUCCACCACGUACUUGGUCGGAACAGGGAAAAGAUGGAAUCGUGAGGCAAAUGCUGCUUCUCUUGAUUUACUUGGUGAAGCUUCUAUGAUGGCGGCUAAUGUAAAUGAUGGCAUAGAUAUUCAGCAGAAAUGCACAUCUAGGAUCUUCUUUGGUGGGUCUAGUUCUCAGAAAGCGCAAAGGGUUGAUAAUGGUCCAUUGCAGAGAUCAAAUAGUCUGGAUAUGUACAGCAAUGAAACUGUAGCUGCUGAUGUGUUGGCUGGUAUUUGUGGUUCCCUGUCAUCUGAGGCUAUGAGUUCUUGCAUCACGAGUUCUGUUGACCCUGCUGCUGAUGGGCAACAAGAUUGGAAGUCCCAAAGAGUCAGUUCUUGCGUAAAACGGCCUCUGACCCCUGAUGUUACACAGAAUAUUGAUGAUGAGUGCUCGGACGAGAGCUGUUGGGAGAUGGAAUCUGCCGAUUGGACUGAUGAGGAGAAAUCUAUCUUCGUUCAGGCCGUGUCAACUUAUGGCAAGGAUUUUGCAAUGCUCUCGCAGUCUGUCAGAACAAGAUCGAGUGACCAGUGCAAGAUAUUCUUUAGUAAGGCUAGGAAGUGUCUUGGAUUGGAUCAGAUUCAGCCUGAAGGUGGCAAUGCUGUCUCUGCGGAUAUUAAUGGAGGUGGCAGUGACACUGAAGAUGCAUGUGUUGUGCAGACAGGGUCCGUUGUUUGCGAUGAUGCAGAAUGCAAGAUGGAAGAGGAUCUCCCCCCUCCUAACAUGAAGUCUUCUCAUGAAUCUGGUAUGGCAGGAACUCAUGAUUUAAAGCCUGAUUUCAAGUUAUGUGAGGAAAAUACCCAACCAUGUGCCACCGCUGAUUCUAUGGCAGCUGAACUUGUUUCACAGAAUUUGUCGAUGGGUGAUAAUCAGGUCAAUGAUAAUGCGAAUAGCAGAGAACGUAAUGGUGAAUGUAGAUCUGUGCUGGAAAAUAGAACCUUGGUUUUAUCCUCUAAUACAGAACCAGUACGAGUUGAAGAGGGAAAUGAUCUUGGCCGGCUUAAUGGAUCAAAUGAGGCGGCAUUGCCUGAGGUUUCUAAUGGGCGUCCUUGUGAAGAGAAUGACGGACACGGGCUUAUCUUACCUUUAGAUAAUUUGGACAAUAGGAAAGUUGAAGACAGAGUUGCUGAUUCUAGUGAAGCGACUGCUCUAAACUGUGCAGCACGUGAGAUGAAGUCUGAGCCCCAACUGGCGGCUGGGAAUGGACGUCACCCUUCUGUUGAUAGCCAAAAAGGGGCUGACCUUGAAACAACCAGUUCUGUAGAAAAGUCUCAUGUCAUCCCAUUGCGACAGAAUGGUCACUUUGCAUUGGUGGAUUCAUCGACGUUGUUUUCUGUUCCCAUCAAGUAUCAAAGACACUCGAGUACUAAUGCUCUAUCAAGUGUUGGUGCUAACGGGAUAAGUGAAAAGCAUUCUCAGAAAUUUUCUAAGAAAGGUGAUUACCAGCAGCAGCAGCAAAGUUUGAGCCACUCACUAUCCGAUCCUGUUGAGUCCUCCCAGAUUCUCAGGGGUUACCCCGUUCCGGUGCAAACUGUGAAGGAGAUAAAUGGGGAUCUUAAUUGGAAAAAACAUGUCUUGCAUCAAAAUGUCUCAAAGUCGGAAGGAAAAUUGCAUUCAGAUCGGCAUACAGAUUUCUCCCUUCAGAAAUGUUCUAGUAGUUCAAGAAAUCAGAGUGGCAUUGUCCAGGCGACAUUUCCAAUCAAAGAACAGAGCAGGAAUGAUUCUAGACCCCGAUCGGGUAGCUCAUCCGACGUGGAUAAGCCUUCCAGGAGUGGUGAUGUGAAGUUGUUUGGUAAAAUCAUAAUCUCUUCCCAAGACAAAGCUAGUUCUCGUCUGCAAGAAAACGGUGAUAGUAACGGUCCGCAGCAUAAAUCGGGUAGCCAGUCACUGAACCUGAAAUUCGGCAGUGAUCACAAGGUCAACAUUGAUUCUUCUCAGUCGAAAUUCGAUUACAGUAACUACCUUGGCUCCGAUAAUAUUGCGCUUAGGGGCUUUGAAUAUACAGGCUUCCCUCCUUUGCCCGAUUCUACUCUCUUGUUGAACAAAUAUCCUGCUGCAUUUAGAAACCACCAUUCUAUUAUGCCAACGGUGAAAUUGGAGCAGCAGCCGCAUUUACAUGGACUCAUUGGCAAUCACCACCAUCCCCCAUUGAAUGCCGUAUCUGUUUAUCCGAGUGGAGAUUUGCAGCAGCCUUUUACAAUGGAUAUGAAGAAGCAGACACAACAAGAUGUAUUGUACUCUGAGAUGCAGAUAAGAAACGGGUUUGAUGUAAUGCAACAACAGCAAGGAAGAGGGGGUAUGGUUGGAAUUAAUGUUGUGGGUAGAGGAGGGGGAGGGGUUGUUGUUGGAGGGCAGUGUUCGUCUGGCGUUUCUGAUCCUGUGACAGCCAUUAAAAUGCACUAUGCUAAAGCUCAGAAUUUUAGUAUACAGGCAGGAAAUGUAAUUAGAGAGGAUGAUAAUAAUAAUAGUACAUGGAGAAGCAGUGGGGAUGUAGGCAGGUAGCAGAAAGUGAAGAGAGAAGGCGCCAUCUUCUCAGUGGCAAGUUUUCUUCGUAAUUCUUGUCGCGUUUGUAUUAUAUAGUUUUUGUUGAGUAAGAAGUUGAUAGAGAGCAGCAGUUGAACAAGUUUUAGAAUCCGUAUUUUUGUUUUUUUGUUCAGAAAAUUUCUAGAUCUUGUAAUAUUUGCAGGAGAUUUGUAUUUGUUGUAUUUGUUGAUGGAAAAUACCCAAAAAAAGAAGAAAAAAGAGAGCUACCCUAUCCUGUUGGAAUUUCUGUUCGGGUGCGCGUAUAGUGGUGUUCGACGAUCUAUAUGAAGAGCUUCGCUAACUCUCUCUCUCUCUCUCUCUCAGGUGUUUGUUUGAUUCUCUCUUUCUUGCAUAUUUUUUUGCAAGGAUUGAUUUGUUGUUAAUACAGAGGAUUGACUUUAGUCAACUGGGAUUUAAGCUUCUUAAGCUAUGGAAACAGGUGCUGCGUGUGAAAUUUGGUACAA